CCUCGCCCGGUCGCACAAAGCCAAGGCGUAGGUAGAGAGCUCGUAUCGGCAGCGCCUUGACCAGCCGUGCUCGCGUGGGAUCUCCAACUGGAGUUGUUAUGUGCCGGUGUUGAAGUCCAGCGGAUUAUCCGGAUACCAGCGCGACGAUUUCAAUCGUCAUGUGGCGCCGGCGAGUGGCGAGCGUGGUCACGCGGCGGUGGUCGUCGACGUGCGCCGUCACGUGCGCCGACAGCCUCAUCGCACUCAUCAAGAAAGCGCCAGGUCGCAACGACACUGAUGAUGCGCGCGACGUCCUCCGCAACACCUCGGCCAUCGAUCUGAGUGUCACGGACGCCUAUGGCUCGACGGCGCUGACGCUGGCCGCCCGCGGAGGCCACCUCGAGCUCUGCCACGACCUCCUCGACGUACUGGACACGCCACGCAGCACGGCGCCGCGCGCGACGGUGUUGAACCAAGCCAACAUGUUUGGGUCGACGCCGCUCAUGUGUGCGAGCGCGUCGGGCCACGUGGACGUCUGUCACCUUCUGCUGGAGGCUGGUGUUGACGUCGACGUCCGUACGCGGUACGGCUCGACCGCGCUGAGCAAGGCGGCGGAAGCAGGCCACGCUGCGAUCGUCGACGCGCUGCUCGCUGCCGGUGCCACGUCAUCGCCCAACGCGCUGGGAAAAACACCGUUCGAGCUCGCGGAGGCCAAGGGCCAUGUUCUGCCCCAGCUUCAGGAGGCGCCCAUGAAGGACGAGCGAUGCAGCGCGCGGGUCACGAGCUGGCGAAGCGCGUCGCUGAUCGAAUGCCAAUUGACAUCAACCGGCGAGUUCGUGCUCGUCGAGAAAGCGGACGCCCGCCAACGCACGCCCAUCAACGCGGCGCUCGAGCUCACGUUUGCUGACGGCCGCUGGCACAUCGCGCACGUGCCUGCGUCGACUCGCCCUGCGAAGCAGCGCUGCUUGCACCCGCGACGACCGUUCGAGAAGAAGUGCGUCGACUGCCCCGACAAACGGUAACUGCGUAGGAGGACUACCAAGUCUAUGUACGAAUCAACGGUGGUCGCCAGACGUCGUAUCUAGAGACGAGUCUUUGACAGAGAAACGAUGCGUGCAUUCUUCCUGUAGCAACGACGUCAUGGCGACAGAGCACACACUUGAUAAUGCAGUGGGUGAAUGGCGUGGGGUCCAUCA